AUGGUUUACACUCCAUCAAAGGGUCCAAGAACUCUUUACGAUAAAGUUUUUGAUGCACAUGUUGUCCAUCAAGAUGAAAAUGGUUCCUUUUUGUUGUAUAUCGACAGACACUUGGUUCACGAAGUCACCUCUCCACAAGCUUUUGAGGGUCUAGAAAAUGCUGGUAGAAAGGUUAGAAGAGUUGAUUGUACUUUAGCAACCGUAGAUCAUAACAUUCCAACUGAAUCAAGAAAGAAUUUCAAGUCAUUAGACACAUUUAUCAAGCAAAGUGAUUCACGUCUGCAAGUCAAAACUUUAGAAAACAAUGUUAAACAAUUUGGCGUCCCAUAUUUCGGUAUGAGUGAAGCUAGACAAGGUAUUGUCCAUACCAUUGGUCCUGAAGAAGGUUUCACUUUACCAGGUACCACUGUUGUGUGUGGUGACUCCCAUACCUCUACUCACGGUGCCUUUGGUUCAUUGGCCUUUGGUAUUGGUACUUCUGAAGUCGAACAUGUCUUGGCUACCCAAACAAUUAUUCAAGCUAAAUCUAAGAACAUGAGAAUUUCUGUUAAUGGUAAACUAUCACCUGGUAUCACCUCUAAGGAUUUGAUUUUGUAUAUUAUUGGUCUGAUAGGUACCGCAGGUGGUACUGGUUGCGUUAUUGAAUUCGCAGGUGAAGCCAUUGAAGCUCUUUCUAUGGAAGCGCGUAUGUCAAUGUGUAACAUGGCUAUUGAAGCUGGUGCAAGAGCGGGUAUGAUUAAACCAGAUGAAAUCACUUUCCAAUACACCAAAGGCAGACCUCUAGCUCCAAAGGGUGCUGAAUGGGAAAAGGCUGUUGCCUACUGGAAAACUUUGAAAACGGAUGAAGGUGCCAAAUUUGAUCACGAAAUCAACAUUGAAGCCGUGGACGUGAUUCCAACUAUUACAUGGGGUACCUCUCCUCAAGAUGCCUUACCAAUUACAGGUUCGGUGCCAGACCCAAAAAAUGUUACUGAUCCAAUAAAGAAGUCUGGUAUGGAAAGAGCUUUAGCUUAUAUGGGUUUGGAACCAAACACUCCGCUAAAGAGCAUCAAAGUGGAUAAAGUUUUCAUCGGCUCCUGUACCAAUGGUCGUAUUGAAGAUUUAAGAAGUGCAGCAGCUGUAGUGAAGGGUCAAAAACUGGCUGACAACAUUAAAUUAGCUAUGGUUGUUCCAGGUUCCGGUUUGGUCAAAAAACAAGCUGAAGCAGAAGGUUUGGACAAGAUUUUCCAAGAAGCAGGUUUCGAAUGGAGAGAAGCAGGUUGUUCAAUGUGUUUGGGUAUGAACCCUGAUAUUUUGGAUGCCUAUGAACGUUGUGCUUCUACAUCCAACAGAAAUUUCGAAGGUCGUCAAGGUGCCUUGUCUCGUACACAUUUGAUGUCUCCAGCCAUGGCCGCUGCUGCCGGUAUCACUGGUCACUUCGUGGAUAUCAGAGAAUUCGAGUACAAGAACCAAGACCAAAGUAGCCCAAAGGUUGAAGUUACUUCAGAAGAUGAAAAAGAGCUUGAAAGUGCUGCUUACGAUCACGCUGAACCUGUCCAACCUGAAGACGCUCCCCAAGAUGUUGCAAAUGAUGAACUAAAGGACAUCCCAGUAAAGUCCGAUGAUACUCCUGCUAAACCUAGCUCUUCCGGCAUGAAGCCAUUUUUGACUUUGGAAGGUAUCAGUGCACCAUUAGAUAAGGCUAAUGUCGAUACAGAUGCUAUUAUUCCAAAGCAAUUUUUGAAGACAAUUAAAAGAACGGGUUUAAAGAAGGGGUUGUUUUAUGAAUGGCGUUUCCGCAAAGACGAUCAAGGUAAGGACCAAGAAACCGACUUCGUAUUAAAUGUUGAACCCUGGAGAGAAGCUGAAAUAUUGAUUGUUACUGGUGACAAUUUCGGAUGUGGCUCCUCCAGAGAACACGCACCAUGGGCUCUAAAAGAUUUUGGUAUAAAAUCCAUCAUCGCACCUUCUUACGGUGAUAUUUUCUAUAAUAACUCUUUCAAAAAUGGCUUGUUACCAAUCAGAUUAGAUCAACAAAUAAUCAUUGAUAAAUUGAUCCCUAUUGCUAAUAAGGGUGGUAAGCUCUGCGUUGAUUUACCAAAUCAGAAAAUUUUGGAUUCCGAUGGUAAUGUGCUCGUCGAUCAUUUUGAAAUAGAAUCUUUCAGAAAGCACUGCUUAGUAAAUGGUCUUGAUGAUAUUGGUAUUACAUUGCAGAAGGAAGAAUAUAUUUCCAGAUAUGAAGCUUUGAGGAGAGAUAAAUACUCAUUCCUAGAAGGUGGGUCAAAAUUAUUAAAGUUUGACAACGUUCCAAGAAGAAAGGCUGUUACAACUACUUUCGACAAAGUCCACCAAGAUUGGUGA